UUUUCGCAAAUGUACAGCGUUGCUUUAUAAAGUAAGCCAGCUGAUAUUGGCGCGACGAAACUCACAUGGAGUGCUAAAAUUUAGUCGAGUUGUAUUUGUGUUCAAUAGUGAGUACCUAUUAACAUUCAUUGAGAACUACAAAAAUGGGCGUACCAGCUGGUGAUGUAGAAAAGGGCAAGAAACUCUUUGUCCAACGUUGCGCACAAUGCCACACUGUUGAGGCUGGUGGCAAGCAUAAGGUCGGCCCAAACUUGCACGGUCUGUUCGGCCGUAAGACUGGUCAGGCUGCCGGUUUCUCCUACACAGAUGCCAACAAGGCGAAAGGCAUUACCUGGAAUGAGGAUACCCUUUUCGAAUACUUGGAAAACCCCAAGAAGUACAUCCCUGGUACAAAGAUGGUCUUCGCCGGUCUGAAAAAGCCCAAUGAACGUGGUGAUUUGAUUGCUUACCUGAAAUCAGCCACCAAGUAAAUUUCAGUCAGAAAACCAUCAACAGUUGUAAAAGAAGCUAUCAUAAAGUAAACCACCUCAUCUAGCUCUUUAUAAUUAAGGACAUACACUGUAAAAACAAUAACUUGGGUUUGGCCGAUGAUGUUUUGAAUUGCAGGCGUGUGUUGCCUAUGAAGACAAUUUGUACCAAAUAGCACACUAGCAAAGAGAACGUCAUCAUCCGUUUAAGAGCAAAGAUACAAUUUAGUUUUUAAUUUAACUAUUCUACAUAGGACAAUUUAAUUAUUUAAUUUAAUUGUGCAAAUGAAAUAUAACCAAUUUUUUAGUUGGUUUUUAUUUCAAAGUGCUGAAGAAAAUAAAGUGAUUCAAACUCGAUAAAACCAGUAACAAUAAACCAAUAAAAAACUGAAAAUAGAA